AUGGUAUCACAAGGAGGAUUCGGAGCCCUUAUUGAUAUCGGCUCACGUAUUACCGAUCCUCCGGCCGCUCUCAAAAAGGAUUCUCAUGCUCUUCCUGACUUGCCAACCGCGUACGAACUGGACGAGCUGAACAGGACCCCUCGUGAUAAUGGUCCUCCGCUAUCACUUACACCUUCGGGUGGUCAGACUCCAAGAAGUCUCCAUGAAUUGGAGAUGUCCCGCCCACCUACGCCGGAAUAUCACGAUGCCGCCGAAGUCGUGCAAACGUGGACGAACCCGCCAAUCAACAAGUGGCGACUCUUGAGUGCUUGUCUGAUGAAUUUCGGCAACGGUCUGAACGACGCAGCCCCUGGCGCUCUCAUUCCCUACAUGGAAAAGGACUACAAGAUCGGCUAUGCGAUUGUCUCGCUCAUUUUCGUCACGAACGCCGUUGGCUUCAUCGCAGCUGCUCCUGUCAACCAACUCCUGCAGGCUCGUUUGGGCCGGGCCAAGACCCUUGUUCUAGCCGAGUCCAUCAUGGCCGCAGCCUACAUCAUGCUGGCCUAG